GCCUUUUCCGGUCACAUGACCCUAGUAGGAGAGUUUGGCCGCGUAAGUCGUGUUGGCGGGUGUUUGUUGUCUGUUCGUCCUGGAUUAACACAAUUUAAUUUGAGCGUUAACAACAACAUGUCUGACUGGAUCAAACGCACAACACUUGACAGGAGCGCACCGGCAAAUAGGACGCUCGGCUCAUCGCGCUCGUCCAACUGCAGGAAAAGAGCGGUCGACGGUAGCUUGAGGUCCAGAAAGGAUGAAGGUGAAGAGGAUGAUGCUCAUACUGACAACAGAAAUGCCAGUUUUACCACUCCAGAGGGCAGAGUUCCUGUGUCUCGCUGUGCUCGACCGGCCGACUGGGCGAGUCAGGUGGAGGAAGACGAGAUGAGGAGAGAUGUUCACAGGGACAUGCAGCGUUACAGGAGGAGAAUACUUGCUGCUGAUGUCACUCAGAGAGAGAGAAAAACCUCUUCUGGCUCUUCUGGCAGCUGCGACUCUAAAGAGGGUGAUCAAGUGGAGAUGGAUGAGUCUGUGUUGCUACGACGACAGAAACAAAUCAACUAUGGCAAGAACACUCUGGCCUAUGACCGAUACAUCAAAGAAGUUCCCAAACACAUGCGACAGGCAGGUGUUCAUCCGAAGACUCCUAAUAAGUUUCGUAAAUACAGUCGUCGUUCGUGGGAUCAGCAGAUCAAACUUUGGAGGGUAAAACUUCACGCUUGGGACCCGCCAGCAGAGGAGCAGCAAGAGCGUGUUGAUGCCAUUGAAGAGCUGGGUCUGGACGACUUGAUGGACAUCGAGCUGGACUUCCCCUUGUUGUCGGAUUCUGGGAACGGCUCCUGCUCGCUCACUACACACAACGUGGCACUAGAGGAUGAAGACUGCUCUGGAACUCCUGUCAAAGUGCAGAAGAUGGAAACAACUGUGGACCUCAACACCGCAUAGCACGCGUCUAUUAAACAACGCUUUUACUUCACUACUCCCAAUAGUACAAAUUUUACACAUUAGUGUUUAGUUCUGUCUCUUCAAAAAUGUUUUUACUUCACUACUCCCAACCGUACAACUUUUACACAUUAGUUCUUUAAACAAAUUACAUUCUCAGGGAUUGUUUCUUUACAAUACUAUAGCAUCAUAAUUGGGUUUAUUCAUCGAAGCAUUUAAAUCACACAUUCAGUUGCAGAUUUGGGCGCAUUUAAGACAAAUCAUUUUCUUUUUAAGACUGCAUUGUAAGAUGAUAUUGCCGUGUAGAAUUUCAAAAGCUGAGUUGCAUUGGGCUUUUUUUUACACUUGUGUUUUUUUUUUAAAUAGAAGUGUUGUUUUGCUUCAUGGUGAAUAUGUUGAAAUAAAAAAAUA